AAGAUUCCUUCCACGACAGGUAGUUACCUACGCCACUCUUUCCUCGGAUCAUGCACCAUCGCAGGUAGCAGGGGUGUUAGUGGGCUUCUCCGCUGUCGCCGGAAGGUGGGCGUACCUCCUGUUAUAAAGGACAGAAUCGCCUCAAGUGGCAGGAAGACAUGAUUAUUGGCGCCUAGCAUAACAGCAUAACAGCAUCUCUUCAUGUCGACAUAGCAAAGAUGGAGACAGAUUCCACCGCGCACGUUCGCAGGCUCCAGGAAGAUGUUGACGCCCUCAAGGAGCUCCUGGCGGGAAUCCACCAAACGCAGCAGCAGCAAUUCCAGCUUUUUAGCGCUUUCCUGGCGGGGCAAACAACUGCUGCUGCCACGGCGACGGUGGUAGCGGAUACACCGACCAAACAACAGAGACCGAUCCUCAGAUCGAUCCAAACCACGCUCGCGGCCGACUUCCCAUUUUCGCAAGAUGGUCAGAAUAAUCUCGACAGCCCGAUCGUUGAUGACUUGGAGUCUCGCCUGCAGCUCGAGACGUUCAAGGAGGCACGUGAUAGGUUCUUCCAGCUGCCGCUGGCGAGCCAACGGAUUUCGAUGCGCCAGUUCAUGAAGUCGGAUUAUGUGGAUGUUAACGACGAAGAAGACCCAGUGUCUGCAUUUCUUGCGCUAGUUGGUCCGGCGAAUAAGCCUGUGCACGUGAGGAUCAGAGACUAUUAUUCCGCAAGGUCAGAUAAGCUCAUCCAGCACGAUAUAAGAGAGGGAGAUGAGGUGCUUUGGAAUUUCCUUGCAAUGCCGAGAGCCAAUAUGACGGCAGAAGUUUCGAGCAAGAUUGAUCCGCUUACAGUCACGGCCCGGUGGGGAAUGAAAGUGCAUGUCAUACCCCCAGAAGAGACGGAAGCGCCGACUUCGGAAGAAGAGGAGAGACCGCCUGUUCCUUUUGAGUACGAAGCGCUCGGACGAGAUCUCUCCGUCAAAGAAAUCACCCCAAACACAGUGUUGAUUCUCAAGAGUGUAGCGUUCCAAAAAAGCGUAGACACCGAGCCCAUCUCCAGUCUCUCCACAGUAAUCGACAACACGCUCAGCCGCGAGCCCAUCACCCUUCAAGCCGUCAACAUAAACUUCAAGCACCAGACUUUCCUCUUCUCCGCGUCAUUCAUGGAGCAUUCGAGUGGUGACAAGUCCGAGAGACGGAAUCCAAUCAGUUACAUAAAAUCCAAGACAUCCAAGCCGAAAGUUGCGUUCGGCGCAAAACUCCGUGCCUCGUUUCUUGCCUCGCCGGAUUCAGGGAAUGGCACGGAUAUUGGCGUCCGGGAGUCCACCGCUUCGAUCGUGUUUGAUACCCUGGAGAUGAGGAGUGGGACGUAUUGGACUAUUCAUUCGAUUGGGGACUAUGAAGAGGCAUUGGCCCUCAAGUGGCUGGAUCAAGCGAAACAGGGGACAUAUACCUCACCACAGGAGGUGUUCUUGGACAAGCUAGCACGGAUCAUCGACUUUGCAGUCGACAAAGGAAUGUCAGCAGUAUUGAAGACGCUCGAAUAUGAGCUCGAUGGCGACAGUAUUCUCUCCCAGAAAGACGCAGAAAAGCUCCUAUUCGACAACCAAACCUUCUCCAAAACCAAGAACCUCCAAUGGUCACUGCAACUACUUCGGCGGAUGCAACGGAGCAUCUACAACCUCCUGAUCCAGGUGGAAGACUUCGAGAAGACCAAACUAGACGUGCUGAAAGACGCCGCGAGGGACCACCGAAUCCGAGCUCGUAGUGGCGUCAAGAAUGGCCGGAACUUGAUCUCUGAGACCGCGUUUAGGAGUAAGCUGCAGAGGGUCAAACAGGUCAAUACGAGGAUCGAGGCCAAGUAUAAUGAGUUGAAGGAUUUGAGGGAUGCGCUGGUGAGUACUUCGGGCGUUAUGGAGUCGAGGGUGGCUGUUAGCCAGGCGGAGACGGUCCAAGUCCUUACAGUUCUCACCCUGAUAUACCUCCCUGCAUCGCUGGUGAUUGGAUUAUUUGGAAUGGAAGCCCUUCCUGCGGCGUCCCAAAACAUGAAAACAUUCGGUAUAAUAUUAGGCCUAGUAUUCAUCUUCACCUCCUUCCUCGGACUCGGCAUGGGUUCGGUGAUAACCCUCUUCUCAACCGGAACCCGAAAACUAUCCUAUCACAUGCAGAAGUCCAUGGAGAAGUUCCCCGGAGCGUGGAGCAAGCGGUCUUCGGACCUAAAGGAAAUGAACGAGGCGUGGCGGGUUCUCGAGCGUGAGCGCGGGAAGCAAGUUCCAGCGGUCCUCUACUUUGUAUGGUUCUGUUGCGUGCGCUUCUUCAUCGUCUUCCCGGCCUCGGAACUACGACAACUGGGCGGGCUGAUUACACUCUUCCAAGCGACAGCGGCGAGCUUCCACGGCGGAAGAUGGAUCUGGAACCUCGUGCUGGUGCCAUUCCGGAUCGCCUUUCUACCAUUCGAUCUAGCGCUCGUCGGCGCAGCGUACGUACUUUUGGUCCUCUUCACCGGCUGGAUAGUAGGGUGGACGCCGAACGAGCUGCGACCAGGCACCCUCAGCGUCGCCUCGCUAUUCCACCCGAACCCAGACCCGAACUUCAACCCCACCGGGACCUCGGUCUACACGGUACGCGCCAUCAAAACACCGCGCCGCAAAGUCACCGCCGGCGAAGCCCUCCUCCAGCGGUUCAAGCAGCCGUUCGUCAUCCUGUGCCAGUACUCAUCGUACUUCCCCAGCAUCGUGGCGCCCGUCACCUCCUCCGCCGCGCGAAAAUCUACCAGCAAAGUAGCCAGCGCCAGCCUCCAGCUCGGUGCCGCGGGACCGCGUCUGCCCCCAAAAUCUGAGUUCUACCAGGUCAUCGAUGAGAGCUUGCACGCGGCAGGCGAGGACGAGGUUAGUGACAGUGAGGGCACGGAUUACGAAGAGGAUGAUAUCGAUGUCGAGGAGCGUGCGCUGUCCGCUACGACUACGAGUGAGGUGCAGGAGGUCGUCGUGCUGGAGGAGGGGAUUGGCGGCGCGAAGGAUGAGGAGGAGAUGGAUGCCGUUGGACAGUUGCCGCCGCCGCUGCCCGCGCCGAGUAGGUUGAGGAUGGGCAUGAGGAGGGCGCUUACGACGCCGGAUUUGGAGUGGGGGAAGAGGGGGAGGUGAUGGGAUGCGAUGGAUGGAUGUAUGAAUACUGUAUAAUCAAUGUCAGAUUCUCGCUGCAACAUGUGGCGAAGGGUUCUCUAUUGUCCGGCGGUCUGUCCGUCUUAGGGUUUCAUUAAUAACUGACUACUGCUGUCCGCCCGUCUCAU